AUGGCGAAUAGCGGUAGCCCAGAGUCGCUCAGGGAGCUUCUGGCUGAGCAGUUGCCCAAAGACGUCCCAUUCCGCUUCUACCACUAUUCCACUCCUCCCUCCACCUCCUCCGCCCUCUUCUCGGCGCCACCCCAUGGCAAGUCCGAGCGCACAUAUCGCGAAUCGCAUUUCCUCGCGGCUUCGAUAACACCAAAAGAUGGAAAUGGCUCCGGCUCCGACUCAAAGACAGCCGAAGAACUUCUCAUCCUCGCAAUUGAGGUCUUGGUCUAUACUACCCGCAACCUCACUACCAUUUUCGUCUCCAAAGCCGACUCCACGGGCGCCUUGUCGGAAUUACAGCUGCCGCGAUCGCAAUCUGGUUCCCCUCUAAAAGUCAUUUGCGGGACGUUCGUGUCAUGGCUAGCAAGAGAACGGCAAAGAGAGGGCAAGAAGCUAGUCAUUUCGCUGUUUGCUCGCGCCCAAGAUCAGUAUCUGUUCCCUGCAAGCAUCAAGAACAAGAGCAAGCAUGUGCUGGAUGACAGGGGCCUUGUGAAAUGGUGGUGUAGGGUCCUGGACCCCAUAGUCUGGCAAUACAAGGCUGAAGGGGAGCAAAAACCAUUUACGGACCGCCUUGCUGCGGGAGGUGGCCCUGAGGCACAAAGACGAUCGCACGAGAAUGAAUGUACAGCAAAGGGCUACCUCGUCGUCCCAGGCUUUGAACUGUAUGAUACACUCCGCUACACACCUGCACCACCUGCAAAUACACCUCGUAGAUGGGCUGCCGCACAUCCACUCCUACAGAUCGCCCCUCAUCCUGCCGCUCCGCCUCGAUGUCUCAUCCCCCACUUUCCAGACGAUCCCAAGACACGUUUCUUAGAUGAGCUGGAUGAAGAGCUGCCAGAUCGAGGCACGGAUGCGAUGCUCGUUGAAGGCGGCACACCAUCACGAAGCAAUGGGCAAUGGAAGAGCGUCAAGACACUAGACCAAUUUUGGGAGUUCAUGGCAUUUCGCCAAGAGUGCUCGUCAGGACGGAUUGUAGGCUUCAUUUGGGUCGUCAUCAAUCCGGCGAAGCCAUCGAUACCAGAAGAGGAUGAAGAAGAGCCAUCACAGCAAUCCCUCUCUCACUCGUUCUCAAACAUCGAAUCGCAGGAUGGUAUCCCCAGUCCGAGGAAACGGAAGCCAAGGAGAAUAAGAAGAGAUGACAAAAUCAAGUACGGUCCCAUACCUCUCGUCCUUCCAAAGAUCAAGACAAGUUCCUUAAAUACCUCGACUGCGUUUCUCUCCUCUACUGCAUCGGGUGGCAGAUCACCCCCGUCCAUGAGCCCCUACUACAAAUGGCCCGCUUCCUCACGAGGCACCAUUUGCUUCAGCCCGAAAACUUACGAUCGCGCGCACGAAGUCUUGCUGCAGCAAAGCUUCGCCAACCGUACCGCCGUCGGACGCAGUACAAAAAAGUGGAAAGAGGAAAUCGCAGUGCUAGGAGGCAUUGAGGACUGGAGUUGGACGGUCAUUGGCGAGAAGGAAACCACGGGAUCUUCAAGUGCAAGUGAAAUUGGUGUCACACCCACCAUGGUCAUGGGUGUAAAGAACAAGAGAAAGCCUCAGUCCUCUGUCGAUUUGGGUUCAGUGUCUGCUCAGCCUUCGAAAGCCAAUAGCCUCGGAGAAGGCCUAGUGAGAAAGAAGGCGAAAAUCGAACCUGUUAAUGUCGGCGAGACGAACACCAUCAACACACUUUCCACAGGCCUCGUGCGGAAGAAGCCCAAGACUUGA